UGACACUUCUUUCAAGGCACAUGGCUGCGUAGCACUGUUUUGUUUUUCUAUAACGCAGUAAAUAAAAACAUAAAAUUUUCCAACAAAAUCACUCUAAAUUCAAUAAAAUAUACACAAUGGAAGCUGAAAAUAUUAAAGCCGAUGUCUUUCUGCCCGAAAAGGAAACAAAAAAAGCUAAAAAACGCUCCGCCAACGAUGAAACCGAUCUCAUGCAAAUCGAUGAGGCAACAGGCAUCGAAGGUGUUGUCAAAUCUCACACAGUGCCCCGAGCUAAACGAACUAAAAAUGAAAUUCGUAAAAUUGGUGUACCACCUCACAGAUUUUCAUCCCUGAAAGAACAUUGGAUGAAAAUAUUUACACCCGUCGUAGAACACAUGAAACUACAAAUACGUUUCAAUACAAAAGCCCGUCAAGUUGAACUGCGAAUAAGUCCCGAAACACCCGACAUUUCUAAUUUACAAAAAGGUGCUGACUUUGUCAAAGCCUUCCUCUGUGGCUUCGAAGUCGACGAUGCACUUGCACUGUUGCGUCUUGAAGAUUUAUUCGUCGAAAGUUUCGAAGUUAAAGAUGUCAAGACAUUAAAAGGUGAUCACAUGAGUCGCGCAAUUGGUCGUCUAGCCGGAAAAGGUGGACGGACAAAGUUUACAAUUGAAAAUGUAACCAAAACCCGUAUCGUUCUGGCUGAUAGCAAAAUUCACGUCCUAGGAAGCUACCAAAACAUUCAAUUAGCUCGUCGAGCUAUUUGUAAUUUGAUUCUUGGUUCACCUCCAAACAAAGUUUAUGGCAAUCUUAGAUCGGUGGCAAGUCGUCUAGCAGAAAGGAUGUAAGCAUUUUUUUUUUUUGUAUUGAUGAUUUUUAUUGAAAGUUUGAAUAAAUAUGAAUUUUGGAAUAUAUU